UGCGCGCGCGUCACGUGGGCGCGUGUCGAAGGUCACGGCGCCCACAAUGGAGCUGUCGGCGUACGCGCAGGGCGGGUGGCGGCUGCUGGGCGACCCCCGCCGGUUCCCCCACCGCCCUUACGUCGCUCUCCUCCGCGCCGCCUUCCGCAGCCUCCUCGACCGGCCCAGCGCCGGGCUGGACGAUCCAGACCUGAAAGAUAUUGACCCCGUGGUGUUAAAACAUUGCCAUGCCGCGGCUGCGACCUGCAUUCUGGAGGCAGGGAAGCAGAAAGCCGACGUUUCUGCUAUCAGCGCGUGUCUUGAGGACUGUAAACUGGACAAGGAGAGAAUAGAACAGUUUUGCACUGAAUAUCAGAAAAACAAGGAUGCAUUGGAAAUCCUACUGGGAAGAACAGUGAUUCAGGAUCACACCCAGAUGUUAGUUUUAGUUGCACGAUGGAGCAAUUACAGGUACUUCUUUCCUUCAUCAUUAGCCGCCCCUCGCCACGCCAAAAUGCACCGAACGACCAGAAUCAAAAUAACCGAGCUAAACCCCCAUCUCAUGUGCGUGCUCUGCGGCGGGUACUUCAUUGAUGCAACAACCAUCAUAGAGUGCCUCCACUCCUUCUGUAAGACCUGUAUCGUGCGUUACUUGGAGACCAGCAAGUAUUGUCCUAUAUGUGAUGUCCAAGUUCACAAAACUCGGCCGCUUUUGAAUAUAAGGUCAGAUAAAACUCUCCAAGAUAUUGUAUACAAGCUAGUACCAGGCCUUUUCAAAAAUGAAAUGAAAAGAAGAAGGGACUUUUAUGCUGCUCAUCCGUCAGCUGAUGCUGCCAAUGGCUCUAAUGAAGACAGGGGAGAAGUGGCCGAUGAAGACAAAAGAAUUAUAACAGACGACGAGAUAAUAAGCUUAUCCAUUGAAUUCUUUGACCAGAAUAGGCUGGAACGAAAAGGAAAUAAGGAGAAAGAAAAAUCAAAGGAAGAGGUGAAUGACAAAAGAUACUUACGCUGCCCAGCAGCAAUGACAGUGAUGCAUCUAAGAAAGUUCCUGCGGAGUAAAAUGGAUAUACCUAACACUUUCCAGAUCGAUGUCAUGUAUGAAGAGGAACCUCUGAAGGACUACUACACCCUAAUGGAUAUUGCCUACAUCUACACCUGGAGGCGGAAUGGGCCUCUGCCUCUGAAAUACCGGGUCCGACCUACCUGCAAGAGGAUGAAGAUCAGUCACCAGAGGGAAGGCUUGAAUAACAGCGGGGAGCUAGAAAGUGACUCUGGGAGCGACAAGGCGAGCAGUCCGGCGGGAGGCAUCCCCUCCACCUCCUCCUGUUUGCCCAGCCCCAGCACGCCGGUCCAGUCUCCUCACCCUCAGUUCCCUCACAUCUCCAGCACGAUGAACGGCACCAGCAGCAGCCCCAGCAGUAACCACCAAUCCUCCUUUACCAACAGAGCACGGAAAACGUCGAUAAAUGGCUCUUCUGCCACUUCAUCUGGUUGACGGGCCAACCAGUCUACCGCCCCUGCCCCUCCUUUAUAUAGAUCUCUCCAUGCCAUUACAGCUUUAUAGAUGCUAAUCCAUGUGACUAUCGUCCAAAUUGCUUUCUUUUGUAGUGACACUGAACUUGGCUAUAAAAGGCGGACUAGGUGACAUUCAGGAUGGACGUUAAAGGAAACGCAAGAUUGAAAUGUAAAUUGUUUUCAGAGGGAAAACUGGGAAGCAAACAAAAGUUACACCUUCAUCUGUUCUGAGUGAUGCGGAGUUGUUUCCGUCCCCAUCAUCUGGACUCGGGAGUCUCCAGAAGACGAUACAAAUCCCGGGAAGUAGUUUGUUAAUCCAGACUAACUCCUCCAUUGCGUUCUCUUCGAUUGUUAUUGUUCUUAUGCUGUUUUGUGAACCUGUAGAAAGCAAGUGCUUUUUCAUCUUGAAAUCCAACAAAACAGAAAGAAUAUGCAUAGAGUAAUGCAUAUAUGUAGCCAUGUCACUGUGAAUAACAAUUUUUGCGUAUUAGCCAUUUUGAUUCUUAUGUUGCAUCUUUUACUUCUCUGUUGCUGCGCAGAACCGAUCAAAAGAAAAGUAAACUUCAGUUUUACAAUCUGUAUGCCUAAAAGCGGGUAUUACCGUUUUAUUUACUGACUUGUUUAAAUGAUUCGCUUUUGUAAGAAUCAGAUGGCAUUAUGCUUAUUGUACAAUGCCAUAUUGGUAUAUGACAUAACAGGAAACAGUAUUGUAUGAUAUAUUUAUAAAUACUAUAAAGAAAAUAUUGUGUUUCAUGCACUCAUGAUAUGGUUGUUAAAUUUCUAAACUGGUUCGACCCUUGCAGAUGCCCCCAUUUGAGCUUUGCUCAUAUUGCAAAAAAAACCACUUUGCGUGUGAGAGCGACAGUAUUGGGAAAGCACAUCCGAGUCUCUGUAAACCUGGAGGCAAUUGGCAAUCUUAAAAGGAUUUUACAGGCUUUGUCUUUUUUUUUCCAAGUGAUAUAUUUUUACUUUACAAGAUGUUGAAGUGAUGCAGUGAAGAAAAAAAAAGAAGUUAAAGGACAUGGAAGUCUUUGACCUGUUUGAUUACUUUUUUAUUAUUUGGUGUGGUGGGACUGUGUUUUUAAAAGCACACGGAAUCAUUAUAGAAGCCAUAAUCUAUUUGGUAUAAAUUUUAAGGAACCAGCAAGUGGCUGGAUGAAGGCAUUUUAUCUAAAUUUGUUUUAAUAUAUAUGUAUAUGGUACAGUACUAACUUCAUUAAAAUUUAACAGGUACUUUAAUAUUUCCAAUAAAUUGUGGAGAAUGCCUCCUCUAUAAUGCCCUGCAAAUAGGUGCAUUUUAUUAGAGGCUUCUAAGGGUAUUAUUUUUUUUCCAUAGAAGGAACUUUUCCACCAUAAAAUACAAACAGCCCAGAACACUUUUCUGUUUGUGCUUUGCUUUGGUCGAACUUUGUGUGUGUUCAUCACCCAUCAGUUAUACAUUUGUGAGGGUGUUUAUUCUAUAUGGAUAUUGUUUCAUGUUUGUACGGGAAAAUUGUAGUUAAACAUUUCAUUGUCUCCAGUCUGCAAAAGAAGCACAAUUCUAUUGCUUUGUCUUGCUUAUAGUCAUUAAAUCAUUACUUUUGCAUAUAAAUUGCUGUUAUUUGUCCUGCUUGUUUUUAUAGACCAGGUGAUUGCAAAUCCUCCACAAGGUUAUUGCUUAUUGAUGUAUAAUGUCUUGUUAAACAAGAGUUGAUAUUUUUUUCCUGUAGUAAACAUGUACAGUUCAAUUUCAACAGUAAAAACUUCAGUUUUAUAUACACGAAU